GGAAAAAGCAAACAAUUCGUACAGAUCCAUUUACAAAACCUCGCCUGAACCCUAAUUUCACUGAGAUUCAAUCGGAUGUUAACUUCUAAAUCCUGAAAUCUCCCUCGAUUCGUCUCGUAAUCGAACUGGGUUUUACGACUCUUCAAGAUUUCAUUGGGGGAGUAUAGUGUUGUAGAGCAGAUUCGUUUGCAAUGAAGGAAGAGUCUAUAGGCGGCGGUGUAAGUUCGGUUUGGCAGUCUCUGGUUAAGCGGAUGGCCGUAGACGGUGGUUCAUGUGGGGAAGGUGGUGAUAGGAGUAGGACUAGCUGUAAGAGAAUUAAAACGACUCAGGUCAAUGGUUUUAUUGUUUACACUAGAACUAGGAAGACUAAAUUCACCAAGCUUCACGAAGAAGAUGAAACUCCUUUGGAAAAUGGAAUGUCGAAUCAUCAUCAUCUCGAGGAGUCGAAACCAGCAAGUGGUGGAGCUACAAAUGGCUCAGUUGAUAUGUGUCACAGCAACUCGAUAUCUGAAACUAACGUUAGUGGGAGCUCUUGUAUUAAGAGUGCGUUUGUUGAGAGCCCCGCUCGGAAAAUUGCUGUGGAAGAGAGGUUACUUAAUGGCAGCUUGGCUGAAAGUCCGGUAGUUGAGACUGACAGUAGCUCAUUAGUCGAUGUUGUAAUUGAUGACAUCAAUUUUGUAGAACUGUUGCAAGAAGAGAUUCCUGUUGAAAUUAUGUCAGAAGGAAGCCUAGAUUUUGAGAUUAAGGGACUACGAACUAAAGUCAGAACCAUGGGAAAAUCUUAUAGUGUUUCCAAGGAGAAAAGGCAUGGCUCUUUUAAGCGUACAGCACAGAUCUAUAAAUCACUUUUACGAGUGAAGAAGGUAAACAGCAUGGUGCCUAAGGAUGUAGAUGUUCUUGCGGAACCAGAGUUUGACCAUGAGGGUUUAGGUGAACAGAGUCAUUCUGGCCGUACGGCGGACAAGUCCAAUUUAAUCCGAAGGAGGCCAGAAACUGUGAGGGAUCUUUUUGAGACUGGUAUACUCGAUGGUCUGCCGGUGGUUUACAUGGGUACUGUUAAGUCUCAAGCCUUUGGUCUCCGUGGCAUUAUUAAAGAUGGUGGAAUUUUGUGCUCAUGUUCCUCAUGUGAUUGGGCUAAUGUUAUUUCAACUUCCAAAUUUGAGAUUCAUGCUUCUAAACAAUACAGACGAGCAUCACAAUACAUUUGCUUUGAGAAUGGUAAGAGCCUGCUAGAUGUUCUGAAGAUUAGUAGGAACACUCCUCUACAUGCACUUGAAGCAACAAUUCUUGACGCUGUUAAUAGUGCUUCUAAAGAAAAAUGUUUUACCUGUAAAAGAUGCAAAGGUGUCUUCCCUUUAUCCUCUCUUGGCCAUAGAGGGUUUCUGUGUAUGUCAUGCUUGGAGGUAGAAACUUCUCAGGGCAGCCCUGCUACUACAAGGACUUUAAAUAUUGCUCAUGCAUGCAUAACAUCUCCGGUUAAGAGUAGAUUGAAGAUAACAAGAAAGCCAUCAGAAUCCACGUCACAGUCUCCAGUAUUUAUGUCACCACUUGGAAAUAGCACUCGAAAGAUAACAAAAAAGGCAUUACGUCAAGCUUUGGUUGGGAAGGCUUAUCUCAGUGCUUCGGCAAAUAUUUCUUCACAAAAUAAGUGCAGAUCCAAAUUUAAGAUGUGGACCCAAGAUUCUGUGACUUCCGAGGAUUUUACAAGCGUGUCCUUUUCUGUUUCUUCAAAAAAGAGGAGUUAUAGAUUAACAAAAAAGUUGGUAUCAUUUGUUUAUAGCAACCUUAAUUUCAUUUAUUCUGGCUGUCUGAUCACGUCUCUUAAACAAGAGGGUCUGCUGCAUUCUUAUGUUCUCAAUAACUCUCCUGAAGUUUCAGUCACUUUUGCUCAACAUAUCUUUCUGGUCUAUGUAGAAUGCGUUUCCCUUCCAAGUAUACCUCGUGGUAACUGGCAUUGCAAAUACUGCGAGAAAAAAUCCAAGAGCGAAAUUGCUGGAGACUAUAUUGGUAAUUCUUCUGCAGUUGGGCAAGUAGAAGGAGUUGAUCCUCUUGACCCUGUUGAUCAGUUAGCUGGACGAUGCAUUCGCGUCGUCAAGAACCUGGAAGUUGAAAUAAAUGGGUGUGUCUUAUGCAGUGGUUCUGAUUUUUGUAGAUCAGGAUUUGGGCCCCGGACAAUCAUAAUAUGUGAUCAGUGCGAAAAGGAGUACCACAUUGGAUGUUUGAGUAGUCAGAAUAUUGUGGAUUUAAAGGAAUUACCUAAAGGAAAUUGGUUUUGCUCCAUGGACUGUACGAGGAUCAACUCCACAUUACAAAAGUUACUCCUUGGUGGGGCCGAGAAGCUUUCAGAUUCUUCUUUGGGAAUAAUACGGACAAAACAAGGGAGUACUAAUGUAGGUUCCAUCAAUAAUCUUGACAUCAGAUGGAGGCUGAUCAGCGGCAGAGUUACUUCUCCAGAGAGCCGAAUGUUACUGUCUCAGGCAUUGGCUAUUUUUCAUGAUUGCUUUGAUCCUAUAGUUGAUCCAAUUUCUGGACGCAAUCUUAUUCCGAGAAUGGUUUAUGGGAAGACUAUGCAAGGACAAGACUACGGGGGAAUCUGCUGUGCUGUUUUGACUGUUAAUGCGACUGUUGUUACUGCUGGACUACUACGAGUAUUUGGCCGAGAGGUUGCAGAACUUCCAUUAGUUGCAACACGCAUGUGCAGCCGAGAGAAGGGCUACUUUCAAUUGCUCUUUUCCUGCAUUGAGAAGCUACUCUCAUUCCUUAAUGUUGAAAGCAUCGUGGUUCCAGCAGCUGAAGAGGCAGAGUCCUUAUGGAUGAACAAAUUUGGGUUCAGAAAACUUGUACCUGAACAGCUCAGCAAGUACAUAAAGACGUGCUACCAAAUGGUGAGGUUCAAAGGAUCAUCCAUGCUGCAGAAACCAGUGCACUCGCACCAAGUCGUUGACAAUAAGAUCGAAACCGGUGUAUCUUUAGAAGAAAAUUUUGAUUUGAAACAACCCAAUGAGUUGUAUGUACAUCCUUUGUGUUGAGGUAAAUCAAGUCAUGUAUUUGGUUAAAGAUGGAUUUGAAGAGUGAAGGGUUUAGGAGGUUUUUAAUUAGUUCUUACAACAAAAUCUGUGUAAAUUUUGUAGAUGCGGAGCUGUUUUUUGGUUACAUAUUAGGUUCACAUUUCUUACAAAGAAGAAUGUUUUUGUUUGGAUAUAUCA